AUGAUGUGCACAGUAGAAGAGAUCGAAUCAGUACUCGGUAAUGCAUUCCAAGCAGCGGCCCUAUCUAGGGCAGCACAGUGUUCGACACCAGCGCACAAGACGACUCCGUCCCCAGCAGCACCCCUGUUGAAACUGACCCCGUCACAACUGAGUACCCCGGUGAUCGCCACUAGGCAACAUUACGGGUCCACCGCUGUACCAAACGCCCCAUCGACAUCUGGCCGGCGUACAGGCUCCGAGCAGUGCAAGCAGCAUACUGCAUCCUCGAUACUGCUCCACCGACUUUUCGGCAAAUCUCGCAUCGACGUGGAUUACAACAAGGAAAAUUCGACAACACCGACAGCUGCUGGCGGAUCGUCCGCCUCCAGCAAACGACGUCGACGACCAUUUCCAUCGGCGGACGCUCCUCGGAAGGCAGAAAGGCCGGUAUCCAUCUUCCAGCCGUCUUGCUCAACUCCCGUAUCUUCGCAGCCAGAUCAUCGUUGUCAGAGCAUCCUGCAACAGCAAUCAACGCCACAUGUUCAACCG